UCGGCAAGUCUAGGAAAAAUAGUUAGCUAGGUUUAUGAUGGCAGGAGUAGGUGGCAGCGCUGUAUCGUAGUGCGAAAUAGAAAUAAAACAGUAAAAGUACUCAUGAUUUUUCUUCGUAUAACUCUUUAGGCAGCAUCGAUAUAUUCAUCUUUUAAAGGUAAAAAUCAAAUUUCCCUCGAGUUUUUGGUGUAUUAAAUGGAGGAGAAGAAGGAAGACGGAGACUCGGAGAUACAGGAACACGGACCCGAGCACUGGUUCUCAAAAUGGGAGCGGCAGUGUUUGGCCGAAGCGGAGCAGAGGGAGCCGAGCGAGGAGGAGGUCGACAACGAGCAGGAUAAACUGUGGCAUCUCUUCCAGAACUCCGCUACCGCUGUGGCACAGUUAUACAAAGAUAGAGUAUGCCAUCAACAGGGCCUGUCAUUGUGGGUGCCAUUUCAAAACGCUGCUACAGCAGUCACCAACCUUUACAAAGAGAGUGUUGAGGCUCAUCAGAGAAGCUUCGAUCGGGGCAUUCAAAUAGGCCACCAGCGUCGUAAUAAGGAUAUGUUGGCCUGGGUGAAAAAGCGCCGGAGAACCAUCCGCAGGGAGGAUCUGAUCAGCUUUCUAUGUGGCAAAGCGCCACCACACAGAAGUAGCAGGGCCAACCCUCGGCUGACCAUGGUGGCCCCCAGCCGUGCUAAUUCACCAGCUGAGACUGGCUCAUCUGUGGAAGCAGACCUCCAGCCCUUCAGGGAGGCCAUAGCACUGCAUGGUCUGAGUGGAGCCAUGGCGAGUAUCAGCGUGCGCUCCGGUGCUCCAGGAUCUCCCACACAUGUCAGCGGGAGCAGCAGUAAUGGAGGCGGUGCGAGCGGAGGUGGUUCUUCUGGCUCUGGGCCGGUGUGCCGCAGCAGGCGUAAUGGGCUCCAAGACGUCGACCUAAACACUUUCAUCUCAGAGGAGAUGGCACUGCAUCUGGACUCUACAGGCGCUGCCUCCGCUGGAGGGGGAGGAACCAGAAAACGAAACUCCACCCAGUGUAGUGACGUCAUCACAGACUCCCCAACGCACAAACGCAACAGGAUGAUCUGAUCUGCGGGCUACCUACCUGUGAGGGCAGGGAUGGUGGGCGGGGUAGCCUUCAAAGCCAAGGCAAGGAGAAGGGGGGAUGGAUGGGCUCGUGUGGGACAGAUGCGCAGAUGUACAGACACACACUCGGAUGCUUUGGCUGAAGAUGAAAAUGAGGACUGAAAGCUCUCAGUCUGCUCUUUUCAGCUGAAUGAAUUCUAGUCCUUGUCUCCUUUCCCUACUCUAUUACUACAAAUCAUUGAUCUACAAUCAAGAACACUUAACAAGUGUUUGCGUGUGUGUGCAUGAGUGUGCGCGCAGGUGACUGGGAAGCACACCACACAUUCCUCGGACAUCGCCGCCCUGGAAAGGAGACAACGAAGAAAGUUCCCGACUAACCCUGGGAUCCACACGUCUUUGAGGGGGGUGAAAAUGCUCUGUGCUGCUCAAUGAGUAAAAGCCACUUGAUCUUUGACACAUUUGUGCCCUUCCCUCCCUUAACCUCACUCAUCCUCACCCGCCACCUUAAUAAGGAAGUGAGGGCCAUGAUCAAAUCGCUUCACUCAGUGGAUUGUGUCGCUCGCCAAAUGUUGGACCCGACUUUGUCAAAAGACUCACCCCUGCGUUAAAACGGCCCAUCUCUUCUUUCUGUUACUUCAUCAUUGCAGCUCUUAGUUGGUGUUGCCUGUCAGUGGUGGAGCUAAAUCGCCUAGUAGGAGUACAUGUGUGGCAUCACGCUGCCUCAUCUGCCACUUAUAACCAGUUACGUUUGUCUGGCUACUAGGUUGACAGCAUCUAACUACAAUAGCAGGCUGUUAAUGUUUGGACAUUCAGACCGUAUUCUCUGCUAAGUGCUCCGCUUCUACGGUGGCUCGAUUUGUACUUCAGCCAGUCACCUUUUUUUUUUUUUUUUUUUUUUUUUUUUUUAGUGUUUCAACCACCAGUGUUAAAAUUCUAGGUUUGUUGCCACUGUUUGCAGCAGCUAUAGCCAAGUUAAUUUUCUAUUCUUUUUCCACUUUUGUUUGUUUUAUUGUUCAGGAUAAUGGAAAGGAAUUUUUUUUUUUUUUUUCCUUGCGUAUGUAGUUUCUCAGACAGCCACAGCUGACUGUGACACCCGCAACCCCUCUGCUCUAGUCUUAUUAUGAAAGCAGCUGCUGUCUUUUUCGUGGUUGUGGAAUGAUUCUGAUGAGUUGCAAUAAGGAUUUUUUGCACUUAGUUUUCACUUCUGACUCAUGCAAAUAAAUCGGCUCUUCCAUUUUAUUCCAGCUGUAGCCUCAUCUGGCCCUAAACACGCCCACUUUUGAAUUGUCCACACACUACAUCCACCUCUUUUCCACAGAUGUGGUGUUUCAGCCAGGCCCCACAGCACUGCUUAUCAAAGUUGGAAACACUCAUGCCAGUGGCAGUCCACAGAUUAUGUGUACACAGUGACUUUCAAGAUACUCGAUAACACUUAUUUUCCUCUAACUUGAUAAAAUGUGGGUUGUUUCCCAGGAAAAACGGGCUCAGCACCACCUUUGUGGUAGAGAGGUAUAAGUGUGGAUGCUUAGAAAUAAAACAGGAGCUCUCACGCUCGUCUGAUUUUUUUUUUUUUUUUUUUUUUUUUUAUUAGUCCUUCAAAUUUGACAUACUGGAAGAGAAAGCAGGACUUAAGAAAAAUUAUUUCUAGGUGUUAGAAGUAUUAGCGUGUUUAAAGAGAACCACCAAACAUACCACCUAGUGCACGCAAGGUAACUGGGCCAGCGUGUCGAAUGGGAAGAUGGAUGCUGUCUGUAUUUUGUGAAAGGGGUGUGUGCAUUAAUAAAAUGUGGAUGGGUUUGAGUUUUACUUGGUACCGAACACAGUAACAUGGGGUGAGGUUCAUUCCUAAAAUGGUGGUUUACUUCCAACAUUCAGUGAGCGAGCAGAGCAGGAGACAUUGAUAUCACACAAGUCAAUAAAACUGGGUAGAUUAAAGUAAUAUGAACAGGCUCUGUGCUGAUUUUUGGGUAUUGACAUGAUUUUUAUCAGAGUUAAAUCUAAGUAUGGAUUAAGUGAUUAAAGAAAUCUUGAGUUGUCUCAGUAUUAAACCAGUUCUAUAUAUUUCCAGUGCUUGCCCUGUCAUGUUAACGAUGCAGUGAGCUGGUCUACCUGUAUUACCCACGGAAGCUGACUAGUGUGAUGUUAAUGUUUGCUGUUUUCUCCUCAUUUUGUUCCUCAUGUUGACUCCUGUUCACUCCCUUUCACCUCUUAUGGCCUGUAAAGUGGCCUUUCUUUAGUUGUAUAAAGCAUGCCAGUUUUUUUGUUUUUGUUUUUGUUUUUAACUUAAAAGUUUUGGUCACAGAUUUCAUUUUAGUUAGUUUUUUUUUUCUUUUGAGCUAUAGGUUGCCUUUUAUAUCAAGACUUCAGGCUUCUCAGUAAAGGAAAAGGACUCAGGUUGUGAUUUGUCAAUUCUGUCAAAGUUCUGCAUCUGGGACUGAAACCACUGAGACUGAAAAUGUAAACUUUGUGUUGAACAGCUCAGCUUUGCCUGCAGAGGAAGGGGGAGUGCAAAAUGGCAAUAAGUGUCUGGUGAGCUGAGCUGCUUCAUCUACAUUCAUCUAGUAAAUAAUCUAACAUAGGAAGCAACCUUGAUUCUUGAGUGGGAAAUUCUGCCCUAAAGUGACAUUUCAGGUCCACUGCAGUUCAGCCUCUGAAUAUCAACUUUGCAGAAUCUGGCUUUUCUUUUGUUUUAGGUGGCGUAACUCCUGAGGACUGACCUGUCUGCUUGUCCACGCGCUCUUCAUUAAAGCAGAGGAAUGCAUUUCGAGAUGUUUUAGUUUUCUUCUCUUAGACGCUUGGCUUGCUGUUCUGUAACACUCCACUUGAGCAUUGGUAGCAUUCUUUCUGAGACUAAAUGGGGCGUUCGGCUACAACCUAGUAGCUUCACCUGGCCUGUGUUUCUGUUGCAUGACAAGGGAAAGUGUGGAGUGUGUGCUGACUGGAAGAGCACAUAAAGAUUGAGCUUAUCUAAGGAUGUCUUCUUCCCAAAGGUUUGACUAAAGAGUCAGAUAAGAGUGGGAUUGUGCCAUCUUUGCAGUCCCACUGUUAAACAUGCAGCCCCCCCCCCCCCCCCCCCCAACUGAGGGGGUCGCUCUGUUUUUUUGUUUUUAUUUCUUCCCUGAGCCAGUUACGGCCUUCAUCCAUAUUGUUUCAAUAGGCUGACUCAUGCCACAAGUCUCUGGAGCCAACACUAUCAUCAGUUGUUUAUUUGUUUAAAAAGGUAAUAAAUGGCUAAUCUAUAUACUUAACAUUUAAUUGUUGGUAUGAUAUAUGUGGUUCACAUUGUAAAGGAAAUAAAACCAUUGAAUUACAA